AUGUUCGGCAACUACCUCGGCAUCGGCAACAAAGGUGGUCCCUCCGGUAAACGUAAUUCGAGACCUUCCAAAGCUUCCGUCAGUACCUUACCUGGCCGACGGCUCAGAGUGUGCUGCGGUCUAGGUGAGCUGACUUGCCUUUGACUGCACUCGAUCAUGGUUCGUAUCGUAGCCGGAUACGAGGUGUCAGAAAUGUGAAGGUCUAGGACAUUAUACCUACGAAUGUACUGGACAACGGUACGCCUCAGACUCUCUACCCUCCCUUGCUCGCACCUCCAACCCCGCGCUGACCUUGUUCUCGCAACCAACCCCAAACAAAAAAUAGACAAUACAAAGAACGCCCUACCCGAACCCAACAACUGAAGAACCCCAAACUGUUGACCAAAUUGACCGGUCAAGCACCGCCCGCUGACGUGGAUCCUAGGAGGGCUGCGAGUGCUGCCACUUUGAGCGCGAUCGAGUCGUCGUCGUCGGCUGCUGUUGACUUGCCACCCAAGUGAGUAGCACACCUUCGAUUUUUUGUUGUUGCUUCAGCUAAGGUGGGGGACGUUGCUGACUUUGUUGGUGUGAUCGAUCAGACAAGGAACGGCGGCGAUGAUCCUCGCUGCGAAUGA